GGAAAUAUUUCAUGGCACCGAACUCAUCCAUUGACGUUCUUUCGAUGAUUUCAACAGAUUAGGUUGGUAAAGGCCAAGGCCGGCAGCCGUGUGCAACAAUGACGUGCUCCAUACAGCAGGUGCUGGCAGACGCCAAGCGUCUUGUGACGCAGCUGAGAGAACAUGAGGGCAACGCCGACACGCUCAUAAAUCAGGCGCGCAAGCUGAACGGUCGCGUGGACAGCAUGCGCAUCUACCAGGAGGAUGCCGAGGAGGCGGCGGAGGUGGCGCGCAAGCCUCCGCCGCCGCCGCCGCGCUCCACGCUCGUCUUCGGCCUCCAGCAGGAGAACCGACACAUCCGCGACCUGCAGCACGAGAACCGCGAACUGCAGCUCGCCCUCGACGACCACCAGGCAGCGCUCGAACUCAUCAUGAGCAAGUACCGGCGCCAGAUCUCGCAGCUGAUGGUGCCCCGCGCGACGGCGGCGGAGGCGACGCCCGCCGAUGACGCGGCGGCGGAGGUGCGCGAGGAGAUCGAGCGUAAGAACGAGCGCAUCUGCGAGAUGGUGGCGGUGAUGAACGCGGCGAUACGGGCGGACGACGCGGCGACGCCGGGCGAGAUCGAGGCGGUCGCGAGGCUUCGCACGGAGAACCGCGGCCUCCGCGAGAUGCUGCGAGCCUGCUCCACGCUGAGCGUCCUCGCCUCGGCCUCCGCCGACGACGACCCACAGGCGGCGGACGCCGACGUGAGCGCGUGCAGCGACGACUCGAACGCAAACACUGUGAUGUCACGCAGCGUCAUCGAGGUCGACACGUCGGCGACGGUCGCCGGCGGCGACUCGACAGAGGAUGAUGCACCACGCGAGAGCACGUAAUGCAUGGUUGCUGUCGGUAACGGGAUGGAGGAGGCUGCGCCAUGAACGUGGUUGUCAUCGCUAACGGGAUGGAGGAGGCUGCGCCAUGAAUGCAGUUGUAAUCGGUAACGGGAUGGAGGAGGCUGCGCCAUGAAUGCAGUUGUAAUCGGUAACGGGAUGGAGGAGGCUGCGCCAUGAAUGCAGUUGUAAUCGGUAACAGGAUGAAGGAGGGUGCGCCAUGAAUGCAGUUGUCAUCGGUAACGGGACGAAGGAAAUUUGGUGACUCAACGCAUGUGAUCAUAGCGUUAUAUAUCAUUUUAGUAUUGAUGUUAUGAAUUUUGUCCGGUCAUUCAAACGAUCAAGCUAGAUAUUUAUUAUAUUCUUUUUGAUGUCGUCAGCCCGUAGUUAGUCCAUAUAGGCGAAUUGUUAAAACUUGUUACUGGCUAUAUUUAAUUGUAAUGAACCGAGAACCACACAAUUGCAUGCACAAGAUAUAGGAGCAGUUGAUAUGUGAGAUUAUUUGAUUUGCCUUGGACUUAGAGACCUGGUUGGGAGUUUCCUAAACAUGUUGUAUGGUAACAUAUGUUGUGCAUCAACAAAUUGUUCAAUGACAUUUUUCUGUUAAAAAGAAUGUGACUUACAACAACAACAUUGGCAUUGAGAUUGUAUAUGCCAUUCCAAAUUUUCUUCCAUUGUACAUGAUACUGUAUUUAUUUGAAAGGAAAUUUGAGUAAUAAAAUACACUGAUCAUAGCCAUUUUGCUCGUGUGCAGUU